AAAUUGAAACAAUACAUUGGGUGCGCUGGUCAAGAUGGCUGACUUGACCUAAUUAGAUCAAAGUUUUAGAGAAAAAAAAUUGUUUUUAAUAUUCUAAAAGCUAAAUAAAACAAAUAUAAUUUAAGUUUGGAUAACAUUAGAGUAUGUGGCUAUAUUCCUUGUUGAAAACGUGAAAAUAUAUAAUACAAUAAAACUAACAUUGUAAUAGUUUGAAUGUUCAGAUUAUCAAAAAUUCAUUUGACAAGAUGGCGUGGAUAUACUUCUGUCUCGUCUCUUUCGUGUAUUUUAGUUUUGUAAGAUGCCAGGACCCUGAAAUCGUCAAUGACAUAUUACCGGAAGUGAAACGAGUCGGUCAGACAGCGAUGAUGAACUGUACAGUUGCCAGAUUGGGUGACAAUUCUGUGAGGUGGGUCUUCGACGGAAACAUCCGUCAAGUCAUCAGCAGCAACGAAGAAAUCAUGGUUAUGAAUCCAUGGAAAGGUGGGGUUCCAAAUUACAGGGUGCUCAGACUGCCUCAAGGGGACAGGGUUACCUUCGUCCUUGUGAUCAGCCGAAUCCGGCCGGAGUUUUCAGGAAAGUACAUCUGCUCAGUGAUGGUCCACAACCAGGCGGUGGAUCACUGGACAACCAAAACUGGCUACCUGACUGUCUUACAACCCCCAAUGAUACGACCAGGCUCCACAGACUCUGUUAAGAUGGUCGACAAGGGAGGUAACACUAGCAUCACCUGUGACGCUUACGGAGUUCCGUACCCUAAUAUCACCUGGGUCCGAUCAGAUGGGAAGCUGUUGCCUAAUGGAAAGGCCAUGUUCAGGGGAAGAACUCUUCCAAUUCUAUCGGCAGACGUGAAGUACUCGGGCGUGUACAAGUGUGUCGCUGACAACUUUAUCAAACCUCCAGCUGAAGCCCUAACCCAGGUGUACGUGUUUCAAGAGCCCACUGUCCGAGUCUUACAAAACUCUGUUGGUCAGUACGCCAAUGGACGACUUGAUGCUAAGCUGGACUGUAUCGUCAGGGGUUAUCCCACGCCCACAGUGUACUGGAUGGUGAAGAAUGGAGAUCAAAAAGUGAUACUCACAGACAGUGACAAGUACGAGACAACGAAACAAGCUACAGAUACUCAAAACUUGCUUAACGGUGAGCAGUGGUAUACUCUGAAAAUUCGCUACAUCCAAGCUCUGGACUACAGGGAUUACUACUGUGUGGGUGUCAACAGCAUAGGUGAAGGAAAUGCCACUGUCAAUGUAUUCUCUACGUGGGAUUGCCAAGGGCCGCUGUGUUAUUCUUUGGACCCAAGUAGACCCAACAGUGCAAACUUUCCACAAUUAGCGCCCUUCAGUAUUCUUCUGUUUUCAACGCUGCUAUUUCUUGUUACGUGAAUCGCCACUUAUGACGUCAAUAGACAUUUUGAUGGCAGUUCAUGAUUACUAAUAACAUAUGUACAUAUCAACAUUUUAUUACAUUCUUUUUUAAAAACUUUCUGUUCUUGUUUUUUUUUACUUAACAUUUUUGUUAAUCUCAAUCACUGUAUUAUAAAUAGUAAAUAGGUCCGUUGCCACGUUCAUUAAAAAAAUGGAAGGGAAUGUUAACGAAAGAGUGAGAGAGAGAGAAAGAGAGAGAGAGAGAGAGAGAGAAAGAGAAAGAAAGUAAGAGAGGAGAGAAAGAGUAAAAAAGAAAGAGUGAGAGAAAGAAUAAGUUAGAGGAGGGAGAGAGAGAGGCUUAGAGAGAACUUGAGAGAGAGAUAGAGAAAGGCACUAAGAAUAACUGUCACUAGCUUGAUACACUUUGGCUUUCCAUCAUGAUUUUAAAUGUCUUAAUGUUGAAAUCAUUUUUAAAAAUUAUUUAAUUAUUUUAUUGUAAUUAUUUCCUACGCCUAUAUUAUUUCUUGCACGUUUUAUUGUCAGUAUUAAAUUUUUCGUAAUGUUUCUAAGAAUCGUUCAUGUUAGCCAUUCUGAAGAUUGAAAGAAAUUCUAUUUCCAAAACUUUGACACACGUCCAGCCAAAAGUUUUUUGUUUUUUUUUGUUUUUUUGUACCAAAUAACUAUGUGAUAGUAUCUAAGCCAGGGGUUCUCAACCUGUGGCUCGCGACCCCUUUGUGGGGUCGAUUGACGAUUUGCCAGGGGUCGCCUAAGACCAUCGAAAAUAUGGAUUGUUAUUGUCUAUUCUUUUAUUGCAGUGUGGGUGGGGGUCGCGGCAGAGUGGGGGAUUAUAAUAAGGGGUCGCCGAGCAAAAAAAAAGUUGAGAACCGCUGAUCUAAGGAAAGUCGCCUUUAUAAUUUGAUAUAUAGUCACUAAAAAUGGGGGAAAAGAUUUAAAUAAAUUUCUAGGAACAAAGUCAAUAAUUAAGCACAAGUAAAACAAAUAGCACAUCUGUAAUGUUUUCUAUUAAAAUAAUUUCACAAACUGUAA